AUGGCAUCGAAGGCGCAAGCAGCGAAGGAGAAGGGGAAUACGGCAUUCAAAUCAGGCGACUAUGUCGCGGCGGUGGGCCAUUACACCGAGGCUAUACUUGCAGACAAGCACGAUCCGACUUUCUUCCUGAACCGCGCGGCUGCAUAUCUCAAGCUAGGCAAACUAGAAGAUGCAGAGAGGGACUGUACUUCGACGCUGUCGAUCGACCCUCAGAAUGUGAAGGCGCUGUUCCGAAGGGGGCAAGCCAGGCAGGGGAUUGGGAAGCUUGAGGAAGCGAUACAAGGUGCGAUGGCACCUAGCGUGGCGACAAACGCGUAUCUCGCCGCCCCUCCAAAGUCGCUGCACGACUUCACGCGCGCGAUGCAGUUUGCAGGAAACGCAGAGCAGAGGUGGACGUAUCUGACUAAAUACGUCGACCCAUCCACCUUACCCGCUCUCUUCCAGUCUAAUCUCGAGCCGCCUAUCUUGCUAUCGAUGCUGCAGACCUUCUUGGACGUACUACCCAACAACCCAGAUACGGCACCGAAAGUCCUGUCGUAUCUCAACGGCUUGAGCAAGGUCUCGCGCAUCAACAUGGUGCUGUUGUUCCUCAGCGAGCAGGAAAGGGGCGUCGUGAGGAGGUUGUGCGAUACGUUGGGCGAUGCGGCGAAGGUGAGGCCGUGGAAAUCGGUGUUGUAG